AAGUUGAAGGAGGAGAAUUAUAAAGUAGGCAGUUUCUUUUUUGCCAGAGAACAGAGGCUCUCGGCUGGAGAAGCCACUGCCACUCCCAACUGAUCCCUUCUCUUCAUCAAAAUAGACACCAAAAACUCUAAGAAAAGAAAUCCAAUCCUUCCAACGGAAGAUGCAGAAGCCCUAUUGACACAAAGAUUCCAAGAAUUUUCCCUUCUUUUCCUGACUUGACUUUCUGGAGGAAACUUCAAUCUUGUUUUCAGGAAGCUGAAUGUGAAGUGGCGUGGCUGAGAUGCCGCAACCAGCGUUUUUUGCCGUUCUUCUUUGCAUGACGCUGGUUCCCCUCCAAGCUCAGUAUGAUGAGGACGAGUUCACAGCCUUCAGUCCUCACUCAACUGCCUGUCCAGAGAAGACGGACUGCCCCAUCAACGUGUACUUUAUCAUUGACACCUCGGAAAGCAUUGCCCUGCAGACUGUGCCAAUCCAGAGCCUGGUGGAGCACAUGAAGCAGUUCAUCCAGGCCUUCAUCAGUAAACUGGAGACCGAGGUCUACCAGAACCAGGUCUCCAUCACGUGGAAUUUCUGGGGACUUCACUUCUCAGACGUGGUGCAGAUUUACAGCACCUUGACCAACAGCAAGGACGUGUACCUCACCAGGCUGAAUGCCAUCAACUACAUUGGUCGGGGCACGUUCACAGACUGCGCAAUCUCCAAAAUGACUGAGCAGGUCAUGAGCCAUGCAGUCCCUGCCGUAAAAUUCGCUGUGGUCAUCACCGACGGCCAUGUGACAGGCAGCCCCUGUGGCGGGAUGAAGAUGCAGGCCGAGAAGGCCCGGGAUGCAGGGAUCAAGCUCUUUGCAGUGGCCCCCAGCCAGAACAUCUUCGAGCAGGGUCUCCGGGAGAUCGCCAACCUCCCGCACGAGUUGUACCGCAAUAACUAUGUCACCACCAAGAGAGGUGCCAUCGAGGUGGACGAGGACACGAUUGACCGGAUUAUCCAAGUCAUGAAACAUGAAGCCUAUGGAGAGUGCUACAAGAUGAGCUGUCUGGAGAUCACAGGCCCGCCUGGGCCCAAGGGCUACCGGGGGCAGAAGGGUGCGAAGGGGAACAUGGGUGAACCAGGAGGUCCUGGGCUAAAAGGGCGACAGGGUGACCCAGGUAUUGAAGGUCCCAUCGGAUACCCUGGUCCCAAGGGUAUUCCUGGUCUGAAAGGAGAGAAGGGCGAGUUUGGAGGCGACGGCCGGAAGGGGGCAGUUGGUUUGGCAGGAAGGAACGGCACCGAUGGACAGAAGGGCAGGCUGGGACGGAUUGGAUCCCCUGGCUGUAAGGGAGACCCUGGGGACAAGGGUCCUGAUGGUUACCCAGGAGAUGCAGGAGACCAAGGAGAACCAGGAGACGAAGGCAUAAAGGGAGAUCCUGGCCGCCCUGGCCGCAACGGACCCGUGGGACCUCCAGGAGAAAAGGGAAACAGGGGACCUAAAGGCAACAACGGAGCCCCUGGGAGCCCUGGUGCAAAGGGAGGCAAAGGCAGCCCAGGACCUGCUGGACCCAAGGGAGAGCCGGGUCGUCGCGGGGACCCAGGGACAAAAGGCAGCUCGGGGAACGCUGGGACCAAGGGAGAGAAGGGAGACCCGGGCCCCGAAGGCCCCCGGGGCCUAGCAGGAGAAGUCGGCAGCAAAGGAGCAAGGGGCGAUCGAGGAAUGCUGGGGCCCCGAGGCCCGCAGGGUGCCGUGGGAGAGCUGGGCAGGCCUGGAUCUCGUGGGGACCCAGGUGACAUGGGCACAAGGGGCAACCCAGGGCCCCCAGGACCAAAGGGAGACCGAGGCAGACCUGGCUUCAGCUACCCUGGCCCCAGAGGACUUGGGGGUGACAAAGGCGAGAAGGGGCCGCCUGGUCCAGAGGGUGGAAGGGGCGACUUUGGACCGAAAGGCGCUCCCGGGGUGAAAGGAGACACAGGGGAGCCUGGUGACCCCGGCCCAUCCGGCGAGCCUGGCCCCAGAGGCAGCCCUGGCCCACAGGGCAUCGAGGGUGACCCGGGCCCACCUGGAGAUCCUGGCCUAACCGACUGCGAUGUGAUGACCUAUGUGAGAGAAACCUGCGGCUGCUGCGACUGCGAGAAGCGCUGCGGUGCCCUGGACAUCGUGUUUGUCAUAGACAGCUCCGAAAGCAUCGGCUACACCAACUUCUCCCUGGAGAAGAACUUUGUCAUCAACGUGGUCAGCCGCCUGGGCUCCCUUGCCAAGGACCCCAAGUCAGAGACAGGUGCCCGGGUCGGGGUGGUGCAGUACAGCCAUGAGGGGACAUUCGAGGCCAUCCAGCUCAACGACGAGCGCAUUAACUCGCUGUCCAACUUCAAGGAGGCGGUGAAGCGUCUGGAGUGGAUCGCGGGGGGCACCUGGACGCCCUCCGCCCUGCAGUUUGCCUACAACAAGCUCAUCAAGGAGAGUAGGCGAGAGAAAGCCCGUGUGUUUGCCGUGGUGGUGACAGAUGGGCGCCACGAUCCGCGGGACGACGACAACAACCUCCAGGCCUUCUGCCAGGGAGAUGUGAUCGUCAACGCCAUCGGCAUCGGAGACAUGUUCAACCAGCCAGACCAGGACGAGACUCUGCGCUCCAUUGCGUGCAACGACCAGCAGCGCGUCCAGAAAAUGAGGCUCUUCUCGGAGCUGGUGGCUGAGGAAUUCAUUGACAACAUGGAGGACGUCCUCUGCCCAGAUCCACAGAUCGUCUGCCCAGAACUGCCCUGCCAAACAGAUGACAGGAACCCUGGGAAUGCAAACCCACUUAUUUCCGCCCAUGGAAGAGGAGGUCAAGAUAUCUUUCCCCUACACCAAAGAGUCAAUCGCCCAGUUCCUAAACUCUACGCGGGAAAUCCAGGACCCCAGCACGUACAGCCAGCUGGUGGCCACUUUGGCCUAUACCGCCGAGAACGCCAAGUUUGCCACUGGACAUGAGCGGCAGGAGUGGAUGGACCUGUUCAUUGACACAUUUAAAAUAGUGCACAGUGAAAUUGUGGGGGAUCCAGAAACCGUGCUGGGGCUCUGCUGAGCUUUGCACUAGGGACCGUGUACAGGACUGGCAGCUGAGCUGGAGCAGGUGCUCUUGGGAAAAGCAAUGUUCCCUGUAAACAGCGCCUCUUGAGAAUUCCCAGGAGGGGCUGGGUACCAUGAUGGACGCAUUGAGCUUAGGAGGAGCCCAGAGAGUCUCGGUAGCUCCUAGCUAGUGAUUUGAUGGCAGGAGCGGUUCUCUCCAGCGUGGCUGGCAGAGCAGCACGAUGCAGCUUCCCAGAAACCAGGAGAGAUGCUCCUGCUUCACCCACUGUCUCUGCAGCACAUUUUAAGGGAACGUUGGGUGCUGGCAGAGGAGCUGUCCUGUCCCGAAGAGACACUCCUAUUCUGUCCUUCUAAACACGCCAAGCCCACAAUGAUAGGCUAGCUUGUCAAAUAGCCCUCGUGGGCCCUCCCAGCACUCAGUCCCACCUGGGCUCCAUGGCCAAAUCAGGGAGGUUGCUUGCUGAUGUGUAUCUGAGGGCCAGAGCAAGCCCUUUCUCAGCAAUGGGUGUAGGGAUGUGUGCUAACAUGUGUCUGUUUUCCUACGUAGCUUUUGUUCUGAUUGUCCUCGAAUUUUCUCCUUUGUUCUCUUUUUGUGUUUAACUAACCGGGCUUUUCUUGGGUUAUGCCAGCCCCGAGAGAGGCCAGGCUCCCAAGUGAGAAGCCCCGCCAUGCUACCCCCUUUGCUAUAAUCACAAUGUUUAAUCACUCAACUUGCGCUGUAACCUGUGCUAUUAAAGAAAAGAUAGCAGUGCGAGCGGUUUGGGGUGGGCCCCUUUGUGUCUCCAUUGCGCUUUGCUGGAAACUGCCCCGGUCUCAACAUGUGCCCUGUGUCUUUGUCUGAGUGUCAUUCUGCCUGCAUGUCAUAUCCAUACUGGACUUGCUCUUCUCACUGUCCUACAAGCUACAUGCCUACUCCAUGGCAGGAAAAUCCAGCACAUGUCGGAACAAGGAGCUAAAAGCUAUUACCCAGUGACUGCGCCAUUCUGAAAUAUAAUAAUGUACCAUACAUGUGUGAGGCACUAGGUGUAAACAUGCUGUAGUUCUGGGCAUGGAAAGUUGUGUACGCAAUUCAAAGAGGUUAUAGUCCCAUCAUGUGAGCCCUGGUUAUUAUAACCUGCUCCAAGGGACCACAUGGGGAGAGUUUCAAAGGCACCUAACUCCCAUUGACUUUGAAAGAGAGUUGGGCACCAUGCUGCUAUCUGUGCUUUCAAAACUCUCCCCCAUAGCUGCAGAAGAGCAGACCAAAGAGUACGGGGUACAAAUAUUAGGUUCCAGUGGGUGAAUUCUGCUAGCCCCCUGACAUGGAGGUAGCUUCAUUGCAAUGACUUCAGCUAUCUUGUGCAUUUCAUUUGUUAAUAUGCAGAUGAAAAUACACAGAAUUGGACUGAACCUCCCAUUGUGCAAUGAUGUUUGGGCUAUAAUGCCAUCUGCUUUCAAGUGUCUGAAGCGGGUACAUUUGCCUGAGCACUAGACGGGGCCAGGGGUGGGAAGCAGGAGCUGGAACUGGGAGUCUGCAAACCUCAGAAAUGUUUUGUGACUCUGCACCCCAAAUCCUGGCUAGAUGCGAGAGCUUCACCAGAAUGAGCCAGAGCUCUGGGGCUUGCGAAACCAGGCUGAGCAUUGCAUGGCAAUAGGCAUGCUCAGCUGGGAUCUGCCAUUUUCUGCUUUGGGUGGGGCAGAUGCCCCUCUUGCUCUGCAGCCAGGACCUUUUGCUGCCAGCCUGCCCCGUGGGAGGGAGCUCAGAGAAUCCCAGCACUGGCAAAUAUUGAGAAAAGGGCUGACAAUGCUCAGCCAGGUUUUUUAAUGGCUUGGCUUGGCUUGAGCUUUGUGCAAAGGGUUGGGAGCAGGGUGAGGUCCUACCAGUGGUGACUCCAUUUGUCCGUCUCCAGAUGUAACCAACGUAGGUUAGGUGGGGUGAAGUGAAAAACCCCCACACACACCACAACCACCACCAUUUUGGUGUGUGACACCAAAAAGAGCCGUGGCUUUAGCUUGCUGGGGUGCAGCUGAGAAGCACUAAACUCAGAGCAUUGUUGCUGCUUUGGCCUGAGCCAGCGGCGUGUAACUGUUGGCACAGGAGGGAUCCCGUCUGGUUUCUGCAGGGCUGCCUGAGGCCUGGCGUGUUUUGCUGAACCGGCUCCUAAGUCAAUACAGUUUAGUUUGUUUUAGCCAGGUGAGUUUAUCCCCCCUCCGCCUCAGGCUGCGGCUAGUUGUUUGGGUUCCCUGGCGCAGCUCGCCCAGAAAGGGAACGCAACAAAUCAGCAGAAAUCUAAGUCCCCAGAAGACAAGAACAGUGUCUCCGAGGACAGUCUCAGGAUCUCUGCACAGUUCUGCGCUCGUGAGCGGAGAACCUGCUCUGGGCAAGUCCCUAGCGGCCCCCAGGCAGGCUCUGAUGCAGAAUCCACGUCUUUCCCUCUGCCUCAUGGCGCAGCGGACAGGUGGGGGGAUUGAGGGGACAGAUGAUCUCGGGGGCGGGGGUUGCGAGCAGGGGAAGGGUAGGAGGUUGCCAUGGGACUGCCCACCAUGCAAUGGUAAAGGGGUCCCCUGGCUGCUGCGCUCUUCACUGAAGGGAAACAAUAAAAGGCCUGGAGAGCAUUGUGAACCGCGCCGUGGGUGGUUCUGUCAGAGCUGGAAUUCCCCGUAUGUAAACUCAGGUGGUCGGUGUGGGAAGCAGGGGUGGGCGGGACGGGCUGGGUUAUCUGUGUGGGACAGGCAGGGUUCUCCGCAGCAAAGCACUGGUGGUGCUUGUUCAGGGGAUCUGCUUUACCCACUGUCUCCAUUCGCCCUGCACCACGCGCUGCCAGCUCCUCGCUCCUGGUGCAGCCGUAGCCGCCUUGCUCUGUACGCUGCAGGGGAUGGACCCAUACUGCAGUUGCAGCUGGCUGUGAAGAGCACAGGCUGCCAGCCCUGGGCUGGCGAUUGCGGGCCUCAGGGAUGCUCCUUGGGGGUGGGGGUGGCAGAUUUGCUGAGCUUAGGGGCAGCCCUCCCGUCACAUCCCAGUGGGGUAGUUGAUGGUAGCAGCCCCCAUCCUUCACGGGAGAGGAGGAACAUCAGCCCCACCUCUGGGCUGCACCCACAGCCUGGCUGGCAGCUGGGAAGACAAAUGAUGGGCGGCAGCGUGACACCAGGGACCACUAACGCUAUGGGGGGCUUGUCUAGAUCUGCUUCCCCUGCCCCCCUUGGGGGAGCCUCCUGCCUGGGGGGGCCCUUCCCUCCCUCACCUGAAAUCAGGCCAUGCCAAGCAGGGAUCUCGGGGGCAGCUCAUCCCCACAGAGGCAGGUGCAUAAUCCCCCUGACUCAAAGGGCAGCUGCACCGACAGCCCGGGGCAGGGAGCCACCCUGAGAGUGGAGUAACGUCCCACUGGUGGGUGGGUGCAACGUGAAUGGGCUGGGAGCCUGCGGACGUGCCCCUCCACGCCGGGCAGGGAGCAGGUCCACGUUCCAACCGGCUCUGAGGGCGCCUGGCCACUGAACGGGGUGGCAGAAGGCUCAGGCUCACCUCUCUGCCGGGGGCCUCAGCACAGGGCUGAGGUGAGUGAUGGGUGAGCCCCUUUCGGACGCUGCCCCAGCACCACCCCUGGGACAGAGCUCUCUGCACCCCGCUCAGCCAGCAGCUGGGCUCAGGGGCCUGGCACGGCACAAUGAAAGAGCCCACUUGUUGUGGGCAGGCCGGGCAGAGUCUAAACAGCCUUUUGCCCCAUGGCAUCAUCCCUUGCGCCUACGAUCGGUAGCUGCCUGCAGCUCUCCUGGUCUCGCUCUCCUGGUCUCACUCCUCUGGGGCAGGAUCCCUGCUGGAACUGAUUGGGGGCAGGUCUCAGCCCCGGGACAGAGGGCUUGGGCGGGGGGAGGUGUCAGGGAGCCAUUCAAACCCUACAAGGCUUUGUUAUACUCUCCCGCUUCCAACAGCCCCGGCCUGUGGGUGCUGGGGCUCUGUGAGAGGAGCCCAGUGAAGACACACCCGGCAGAACAGCCUGUGCCCCCAGGGAGCACAGUGCCCCAGUGAAUGACCAGACCAUGGGGUACACAAGACAGCUGCCGGGGAGGGAAAGAGAGUCAGCCCCCUCUUCGUCUGUUCUGACACUGAAUGGAGCUUCUCCUUCCACUGGGCUGUGGCAAGGAGACGGCUUCCUGGCCUUUGUCUGCCAGCCUUUGUGCUGGCCUGUAUCCCACGCCAGGGGUGGCUGCAGAGCGGGUGGCUUCCCGCUGCACCAUUGCCCUCCUCGCUGCAGCUGGAUGGCACAGCCCUUCCUCAGCUGCCUCACACCCCUGCUCAGACGGCGACUCUGGCCUGGUGGAGAGCAGAGGAGAAGAUUGGGGCUCCAGGGAAGCAGUGGGGGGUUGCCCCCACAAACACACCGCUCUUGUCCAACCCAGGCAGUGUGAGGAAAUGGCGGAGCCCUCCCCUGGUUCCUUUUCCCCAGGCUUGAUGUGACUGUUUUCCCUCUGCCCACAGAGCUGGCGGUGGCGCAGUGCACACAGCGCCCUGUGGACAUCGUCUUCCUGCUGGAUGGCUCAGAACGAACCGGAGAGGUGAACUUCCACAGGGCCCACAACUUUGUAGAGGAGGUGUCCCGCCGCCUCACGCUGGCCAGGGGUGACAAUGACAACAUGAAUGCGCGGAUCGCCCUCCUACAGUAUGGCAGCGAAAGAGAGCAGGUGGUGCUCUUCCCCCUGACGUACAACCUGACCUACAUCUCGGAGGCCCUGUCCACGAUCAAGUACCUGGACUCCUCCUCCAACAUUGGCUCUGCCAUCAUCCAUGCCAUCAACAACAUAGUCAUCAACCCGCAGAACCAGCAAAGGGCUGCCCGGCGCAACGCCGAGCUCUCCUUCGUCUUCAUCACCGAUGGCAUCACGGGCAGCAAGAAUCUCAAUGAGGCCAUCAACUCCAUGAAGAAGCAGGACGUCAUGCCCACAGUGGUGGCCCUCGGGAGUGAUGUGGACAUGGAUGUCCUGCUGAAGAUUGGCCUAGGGGACCGAGCUGCCAUCUUCCGGGAGAAGGACUAUGCCAGCCUCUCCCAACCCGGCUUCUUCGACAGGUUCAUUAGGUGGAUAUGUUAGUUCAGGGGAAUGCGCACGUUCCCCGUCACCAAUACACACACCCAUGAUAUUCCUUGGUUUGUUUUGUUCUCUUGCCAUUCUAUGGUUGUAAGCAGGCCCAGAGCGGUUGGUACAAACUGCCCUCUGGACUGUCUCUUUUUUAACCAAAGUUUGAAGCUGAUUUUUUUAUUUUCAUGAUGAACAAUGUCACUCACGUUAAUGGUGCUAAUUAUAACCAAGAUCAAAGAAGUAUUCAGAGCCAUACCAUGUCAUUUGUCAUGCCCUACACAAACUAAAUGCUCCCUUAGUGUGUGUGUGUGCUGUGAUCCUAUGGGUGCUAAACAGUGGGGCAGCAAAACUUUCCAAUUCAGCAGGAAGAAGAGUCAUCUCUGGCAUCCAAGAAUGUGUCCAUCCGCCAGCCCCACAGCCCCCGUCUCCACACCUUCCCAAGCAUUCUUAGGUGGAGCUUGCAUCUUGCUGAGGGCAGUACAUCCCCACUGCUGUUGCUCUUUGUCCCAAGAUCAAGCUCAACAGCUUCUAAGUAGGCCUGUGCACUGAGCUUGGACCUCAGGUUUAUUCAUAGUUAAAAAGAGUCGAAGAAACAUAAUUGGAGCCUUCAUUAUCCUAGUAGCAUCCCCAGGCUUUGCAAUGUUCCAUUGGUGAGCAUCUUCUUUUCCCGUUCACCUCCCCUCCUGCCCUCGCUGAGGGGCUUCAGGGGUAGAUUGCCUCCGGUACAUCAUGGUAUGUCUUGAUGUGGCCAGCAAAGUGCACUUCCAUUGCCUUGUUAUCUGUUCUUACCAGGGGGUUACCUGUCCCCCUCCCUAGCAAUGAUGCAUUGGUCUGUUAGCCCAAGUUCAGAUCAGAAACAUUCCUUAUCCAGAUGCUCCCAGGUGACCUAUUCAGCGCUACAUCUGCCUUGCAUUUCACUGGCCUUCUCCUGCAUCCAGACUGUUCUGUGACUCUCCUUAUCUUGUUUCCUUCUGCUGCCAUCAUCCAUCUCUCCUGAGUGUCUGUGCAUUUACCUUCUCCAUUAGCAUCCUCAUGGGGAGGACCAGUGUGCAGGCUGGCUGGCAGCACCCAGCCAGGCUCCUGACAGGACGCUCUGAGCUUGAGCACACCCAAGGGUAUGCAUGUGAAACCAGGAAAUUGCAGCUUAGAGCACACAUGCGACUGGGGUCGCCUGAAUGACAUCCAGCCCUGGACUCAGCUUGUGCUCUGCAAAAUAAAUCAAUAAAUAAACUACCCCACCCUAAAA